UUGUGGGCCCCGAAAUGGGUUGCUAACUGUCUUUUUUCUCCCAGAGUGCAUAUAUGAAACGUAAGAAGCCCACCAGCUUUUUCCAGUACGGAUGUAGAUUGUUUCAGGCAGGGUAUACCGAAGAAGCCUUCAGAAUGCAUUUCACAUCUAAUCGAAUUAGCCCUGUCGUAUGCUGGCUCGUUUCUUCCGCUGUUAAUCAUUAAAACGUGAACGCUUGCGACGAACGUUGCGCGACAUUUGCCCGCCGUCCGGAAAUCGCGCGCCGAAUUUCUUUAGAAUGUCGCGCGUUGCCGCUUAAUCAAAGCCACUCGAAAGUCAUGGAAGUACUGAUAGAUUGUUACUUCGAUAGACUGUUCUCGGAAAUGGAACGCAGUUGCCUAGCGUCGCGAUACAAACGUCGCGAGCUGGUCAAUUAUUUCACGGAUGUGAUAAACAGUUGUGCGGAAGCGGAGAACCUCGACAAACAGGACGUGUGCGAGAGGAUCGUUCUUUCGGCCCUGCGUUAUCACAAUAUCACCAUGAUGGAGAACGGCUCGGUCUGCCUGCUCGGCAAGUUCCACAACGUCCUGUACGUGGCGGCGAAGCUCUGCUACGACUGGAGCGUCAGCAACAACGCGAUCGUCUGCCGGCUGCUCAACGACAUAUUCUACUGCGAGAAGACGUUCGAGCGACUGCUCGUCGGGGCGAUUUUCGGUACGCGCGUCACGCACUUUCUGUCCGGCUGGAAGUGCGACUUCGACGACCGCGAGGAGAACAUCCGGGCUCUGGUGUACUUCUUGGAUCACGCGACCAGCGGCCGGCUGGAGUACCGUUGCGAGUCCUCGCCGAUAAAGAGACGUUUCAUCGACGUGUCCAUGGAGUCGUACGGACAGGUUCUGCCACUGAGGGUCGCGAUCCAACACGGCGCGCCGGACAUCCUGCUGAUCAUGUUGCGCCACGGCGCAUCGGUCGAGUCCGACGAGCUGGCCCCGUCGCCGAUGGAGAUGAUCCUAACGAAGCUCGCGGAGUUCGAGGCGCAUCCCGACCGGGAGGAAGCCGUUUAUCCGGAGCACCUGCUCGCGUGCCUGAAGCUGCUACUGCGAACCGUCACCGUCGCCUGCGUCAGAACGCCCGAUCACAUCGCCGCUCGCAGCGGUAUCCUCAGCGUGCCCUUGUACGAGCGAUAUCCCAGUCUGGCCAGUCAAAAUCUGAUACCUCCGGAGCGCAGCGGGAUCCGCCCGGCGGAGCUCAGGCACCUGUGCCGCUGCCGAAUCCGCGAGACCCUCCGCAGCAAUUGGGCGCUGCCUCGUGGCAUCAAGAAACUGCAGAUUCCGGGGUCUCUGAGAGAUUACCUGGAUCUGCUGCAGGACUGAUAGGAGAAUCUCGUUCGCGUUCGUCGAAUCGUCCGGUGUCGGCAAUGAAUCGCGGAAAUAUUUCACCACGCGUUCGCGCGCGUGCGUAGGUCUUAGAGUUUCACUGCGAUUCGAUAAAAUAUGCUCUAUGUCGAUUCGGCCGCAGAAUCCAGCGAAUGCGCGCAUCCAAGUCUUUCAACCGUGCAAGUUCGAAUCUUGGAUUAGAGUUGGGCGAAAUAUAUGGAGAGAGUGAAGCGAAACUAUGACCAAGACUUUGAUAGAUGUGAAUCCUAUAUCUAAAUGCGUGUCAUCUUUCACACAGAAUUUUUGAUAUACGAGAGCGAAAUCGCGCGAGACGUUCAAGUAGGUCUGCCGAGGUUCAGAAGGUCGGGCGAUAGCGUCGUAUAAUGGCGCCACGUUAGUGAAUCUUGGGAAUUGGAGAAAUAUUUUGCGAGGAAUACACUCGUGACGCGGGUAUCGGAAACAUUUAAGAAUAACGGAAAGUAUGCCGUGAGAGACAAUGUAAUAUGUACACGUUCGUGAAAACGAAGUAGCGAUCCGUUAGCAACUUUCUUCAGUCUGAGAAGAACCGGGCGAGAGAGAGAGUGUGUGCGGCAAAAAUGAUUACAAAUAAAAAUGAGAACCCGAAUUUUAAAUAUGCUCCAUCGUGCAUAAUA